ACACACGUGCUAAGUUUCCUAGGUUGUACCGAACAGUACCAAUUCUGCGUUGAUGACGCGAAAGGGAAAGGAAUAGGACGGUGUUUGAAAGUAGAUGGAUUAUACGCUUUUAACGCCACCAACGACACCAACCAGCAGACCGUCUCUCCUCUCGCCCUCAGCCCCAACCAAAAGGCCGUCGACACCCUCCUCUGGACCGCCCUAUGGACCGUCCAACUAAACUUCCAACUCGGCUUCGUCGGCCGCGAGAACCUAGACGAAGGUUUCGAUUUCGGAAUUUUCGCCCCUCUACCUUCUAACCAAUGGCAAAUCGAAGUCCAAAACUGGAUGAACACAAGCUUAGCAGCCAUUCAGCGCUCCGCGCUCAGAUUCGCGCAGCCUAACAAAGUAAGCUUAGGUCAAGGCACCAGUACAUUGCGAUAUGCGGACGCGCCCCGGGGCCCUGAGAUGAGGUUGCUGUGUGAGAAGGUUAAGUCGAGGAGCGUGGCACACACGCCAUUUCCGGUCCGGGGACUGGGACUUACGCUGGGAUUAGGGGCGGUGAUAAUUUUGACCAAUUUAAUGCUUCCGGGGGUGGUGGCAAGGUGGCAGAAGCGGACAGGGAAGGGGGAAUACAAGAGGUUAGAGUGGGUGGAUGGGUCGGCGUUCCAGCUUCGGCGUAUGGCGGCUGAGGGGAGGGGCGUGGGGCCGUGGGAGGGUAAAGAGAAUGAUGUGCCGCAUUUAGUGGAAUCUAGGCAUGUGUUUAGUCUUACGGGCGAAAGUUUAAAAGUGGGCGGGUAUGAGAUUGUGAGGAAGGGAGCAAGGGCGGAACUGGAAGAAAUUGAGCUAGGGACUAUAAGAGGGGUCGGUGGGGGAGAGAGAGAGGGGGGGGAGGGUAGGAAUGUAGAAGAGCAAGAUGAUAGGAUUCGGUUGUUAUAUUCAUAG